AUGACCAGUCCAACAAACAUGGAUAUCGACUCCGAUAGGUUGGCGUCGCACGAUCGUGCAGUCGGUGUGGCCGACUGUCACACAGAUGCUCGCAGUCGCAUGGACGAAGACGACGCUCGCACAGCGCCGUUCGAGGCGUCGCUCGUGCCGUAUGCGACGGACGAGCGCCGCACGCCACAUGGCCGCUGCCGUCGAGCUCCCUUCCACGGGCCUCUCGCUCGCGCGCUGGGUCUCAACGACUGGUUCUCCAGCGAGGUAUGGCGCGCGGCCGUUAUCGAGCUUGUGGGCACGGCGUCGAUCGUCUGCCUCUCCGUCAUUGCCACCACCUCUUGCCUCAACUCCUCCUUCACCUCCCUCUCGCCAUCGGCCUCGUCAACGGGCUCCUUUUAA